ACUUCCGGGAACGGUUGAGAAACAGGCCAAACAGACCAGUCUGGGGUUUGAGAAGUCAAUMAUAUAAAUUAAAUAUUCUUCCUUAGAUGUUAAUUUUCUCAAAAUCUAAAGAUACAACCUAGAUUAGAUCCGACGUCUUAAGUAGUUGAGCAUGUUAGUACUCCAAGCUCGUGAAAGUGAAAAACUGAAACGUUUUCAUUUUCGUCAAAAACAACGUUAUAUCGACGGAGUGCCGUUGAUUUGACGGCCUGCACAUGCGUAGUUCGGCACGAGACGACCGUUGUUGACAUGGCCUGUUUCUACAUAUGAGUUUAGUGAGCCAACGUCGCCAUCACGUCGUCUACAAGUGUGCUCUGGGAUUUAUACUGAAGAAGCAGUUUUAGCCUAUCUCCAUAGUGUACUGUCUUUGAUACGGUCAUUGCUUUUUACGACUUGACUGACAGGGAUGAAGAAGAUAACAGCGCCCUCGUAGAGCAGCUUCACACAGUGGGAUCAGUCCAGCGACGAGGGCAGAAAAGUGCGUGGCAUUCUCUUCGGGUCUUCAACUUCCAUUAACGGAAUAAAAACUGCCAUUGUAUCUUGUUUUGCUUUGACAGACGUGAUGAGUGGCAGGGUUGGUGACCUAAGUCCGAAGCAGGCUGAGGCAUUGGAGGAGUUUCGAGAGAGGAUUCAGGAUGUUCUUCCACUACUUCCUGCUCAGCAUGACCACUUCCUGUUGCGCUGGCUCAGAGCACCUUGACUUCAGGAAACACAUGAAAGCAGACACAAUCACCACAGAAUGGCAGCCUCCAGAGGUUAUUGAGAAGUACCUGUCUGGUGGGAUGUGCGGGUUCGACCGGGAGGGAAGCCCCAUCUGGUGGGAUGUCAUCGGCCCUGUGGACCCUAAGGGCCUCUUCCUGUCUGCCUCUAAACAGGACUUCAUCAAGUCUAAGAUCAGAGACUGUGAGAUGCUGCAGAAGGAGUGUGACCUGCAGUCUGAGAGGCUCGGGAGGCAUGUGGAAGCCAUUACUAUGAUCUAUGACUGUGAGGGUCUGGGUCUCAAACAUUUGUGGAAGCCUGCCAUCGAGACUUACGGAGAGAUCCUGACCAUGUUUGAAGACAACUACCCUGAGGGCCUCAAGAGACUAUUUGUCAUUAAAGCCCCCAAGCUCUUCCCCGUGGCCUACAACCUUGUCAAGCACUUCCUGAGUGAGAUCACCCGCAACAAGAUCAUUGUCCUGGGUGCCAACUGGCAGGAGGUGUUGCUGAACUACAUAGACCCAGAGCAGCUCCCUGCUGCGUACGGAGGGAAACUCACCGACCCGGACGGGGACUCUCGCUGUAGGACCAAGAUCCACUAUGCUGGGACAGUGCCUACGUCCUACUAUGUUCGUGAGUCAGUGAAGGUGGACUAUGAACAGUGUCUAACAGUCAGCCGUGGCUCCUCACAGCAGCUAGAAUAUGAGAUCCUCUUCCCUGGCUGUGUGCUCAGGUGGCAGUUUUCUAGUGAUGGGGCAGACAUCGGCUUUGGGGUGUUUAUGAAGGGGAAAAUAGGAGAGAGGCAGAAUGCAGGGCAGAUGCAGGAGGUGGUUCCCAGCCAGAGAUACAACGCACACCUGGUGCCCGAAGACGGCUCUCUCACCUGCAGCGAGCCUGGGGUCUAUGUGCUGCGAUUCGACAACACCUACAGUAUUUUCCAGUCCAAACGCAUCAGCUUCACUGUCGAGGUCCUGCUCCCAGGCCAAUCUCAGUCUCCGAAAAAACGGGCCGGCUCACAAGUGGAGGCCAGCAACCAAUCGCAGUCUCCGAAUAACCAGAGUGGAUCAGAAUCUGGGGCCAGCAGCUAAUUGUGACAGACGUUACUGAGCUAGAGCUAGUCUCAGCCUCGGCCAUGGUCAGUGAAGUCAGACCUGAAACCACUGAAACAGACUCCAAUGAUCAGUACUGAGGUACUUCAUCUGACAAUGGGCCAUUGUGCUGCUCACGAAUGAAGGUAUGUAGCUCUGGUCCAGUGCAUUACAUGCGGCUUGCUGAUGCUGAGACUUCUACAUCUGCAAGCCACACGUAAUGCCUUGGACCAGAGCUAGAACGUACAAUGAAUAGAAACAAGUCCACAACUCAGGGUCCCUGGAGUAGAGGAGAUGUAUUAAAACACAGACUGAAAUAACUUGUUUACUUUUUACAAUAAGUGUAUGGCUUUUAAAAAUCUAUUUUAUUUUAAAGACCAGGAAGUAUAGUAUAUCUGAAUGUCAUUGAGGGACCAUGGUGUAUUAUUUUGCAAUGCUGAGAGCAGAGCAGCAAGACCUCAGGAGAUAUUUAUUUCGUCAACACUCCUCCAUAUAACCAUCUGUUCAUGUAGAAUCUCUUUUCCGUGGCAACAACGCAUUAUGGGCAUCACCCUCUCUUUCUCUCUCUCAAGCACUGGGUCAAUUUCAAGGUUCUUCCUUGAUUGCUCAUGACCUUGAUUCCUCACCUUCUUCUCAAAAGGCAAGGAAUAAGGAAAUACUUUUGAGAUGUACCCUCUCGCUCUCACUCUUUCUCUCUUCUUUCUGUCAUGAUUUAUGAUUCAAGACAAAAUUAGGCCAUUUUGAGUAUGCCUUUUCUUUUCAAAAUCAACACAGUUCUGUUCAAAUGAAUAUGUUGACAUACCGGUAGUUUUAUUUUCAGGGAAAACAAAUCUAUAUUUUGUCUUUUAAAUGUUAGAACAUGAAAGGCAAGAAAUCUUUGAGAAUGCUAAUAUCCACUGUCCAAAAUCUGUAUCAUUAAGCAUUAUUGCAGUAGAAUGACAUUCCAUGUUGUUGUGUAACCUUCAGCAGCAGUUUGUUCCUGUAUAGGGUUGCAAUUUGCAAAAUUCCAGUAACUUUCCCAAAAUUAGGGGUCUGUAUUUCCUGCUUAUUCCCUCCUGAUUCCGGGAAUCCUCCAACUGAGAAAUCUAGAAAACCUAGGAAUUUUGGGCAAAUUACCAGAAUUUUGCAAACCUUUUCAUGUAUAUCUAUAUGUAACAACGAGAGACAUACAUGCCCUGGUGUAAAUGCUUGCCUUAAAUACGUCAGUGUGUUUAAAGAAUGUGCAGCACUAAACGAACUGGCCCUUAUGGGCAGUUGAAACACUCAAAUCGCUCUAUUAUAUGUAAUCUGUAAACUGUACUUCAUAUUGAUUGAAAUGAUUGAAGUCGUCUUCUGCCAGCAUCUUGAUAAAGUAUUUUGCACAUUGAAAAUCAUGGAAUGUAGCUAGCUAUUAUAGCCUUAUUUGACGUUGGUUUGUGCUUACUGUUCAAUAGAUAAUUUAUGUUACCUUUAUGUAUUUUAGUAAUGAGUAGGGGGAACAGUACCCACUCCAAAACGUUUAAAUUGUUAUAUUUUUGUGAACAUUUGUCAAUCUUUUCUUUAGUUAAAAUUGGAAACAUGUAAUUUAUUUUUGUAGAAUUCAUGUAGUCAGUGCAUAUUUAAUGUAACAGAAUCAAAUCUGAGCUGUAUCAAUCUAUUGGGAAAAUAAUAUACAUGUUUGAAUCAACUUGAAUGAAUCUCGUCCACUA